AUGCGCGUGGGUACCGUCUGUAUGAGUUGCGUAGCGUCCACUUUCGUCAGGUGUUGUCCCGUUCUUGGUGAUCUCGUAGGCCCAACAAGCUCGGAAAGUCGCCGAGCGGGACCGGUUGGAGCAUGCUUGAUCUGGUCUUCUUAUCCUCGUAUUCGGGCGUUUCGACCCGUGGGUAAGCUGACAGAGAUAGGGGACCUAUUUUCUCAUCAGUUCGCGUGCGGUGCUAGCUCCAACCACUGA